AUGUCAGCAACCAUCGAACAAGAGGAUAAAGUCAACGAACUACUUCAAACCCUGGAAGCCGGGCAGGAUGUUCAGCCAUCUCACAUCACCGACCUCACCGCCGCAUUCGUCGCCACCGUCGCCAAAGCACCCGACAGCUCGACGGUCAGGCAGCAGCAAAAGGCAUACCUUGGCCACUGCCAUACCAUCCUCACGAAUAAAUUGCCCACCGAGGACCCCACAGACGACGAUACAAGCGCGCUUAUUCAAUUGCAAGGAACUGUCCUCAAAUCUCUCCUCCGCCUUGUCAUGAAUGACGUCCCUUUUGUAGACGCCUUCAUUGACAGCGACGUGCUUGCUGACGUCCUCCGACUGCCCAGCACCGUCGCCUCCCUUAUCUCAACAGUGGAACCAAACACCAAGUCAACACCAGCACCUACAGGCCCUAAACCAACGCGUCCUCAGGACCUUAAACCUAUGGUUGCCAUCCUUCUUUCCAAAUCGUUCGAAACCGCGUCUAAUAAGGAUCACGUCAGGGACAAGAGCACCGAGAUUAUUUUGACCGACAUUGGAUCUGACAAGGUCAAGACACGCGCUACAGGCUUCCAGUCUCUUCAUUUGGUCUUCCAGGCAGAUAUGGCGAUCGGCUGUGGGAUCCUGGCUAAGGAUGGCCUCUUGGUCGAACUCAUGGACUGCAUUGAGCUGGAAACAGAGGACAUCCAGAUCACGUUGACAGAAACUCUUUCCAUGGCCUGUGCAGACGCAAAGACGAGGACUGCGAUUGGACUACACUGCUCCGAGUUCUUAAAGUCAAUCGUUAUGCGUGGCGCUACCAAGAACCAGCACUUGAAGGGAGCGGCGGCUGUUGCGUUGACCAAGAUCUCGUUGUCAGAGUCAAGGAAGGACCCAUCUGUCGGCAUGAACGGACUCGACGGCGCCUCAAACCAAGCUCCAUCUAACGGAUCCAACAACUCGGCCGAGGAGGAAGCACAACUGGCGAGGCUGUUCUCGACACUUUUGAAGGACGACAAGAACGACAAGAUCAACGGGAUCCAACUCAACGCCGUCGAGGGUCUUGCCUACGCCAGUAUUCAGGGGCCAGUCAAGCAGCUGAUCAUCUCUGACAAGGCUCUCCUCCUCUCUUUAUUCCAGCUCGGCGAGGACACCAAGAAUAACCCCCUCAAGUACGGUCUAAUCAUCAUCUUUAACAACCUCACCGCCUUCCGCAAGCGCCUCAGUCCCGAACAGGAGCAGAUGUUGAAGCUGAAGAAGAUGGCAGGAACCCUCCCGAAGAGCGAAUCAGGGCGCCUACAGAACCAGGACGACGACCCAUUGGACGACGAGGUAGUGGUGAACCAGAGAAACAUCACUCUGACCAAGCUGGGCAUCAUGCCUGCCCUUCACGCCAUCGGACACCAGGCCUCGGAGAACAUUCGACAGAGUUUGGCGCAGGUCUUGAGGAACCUCAUCACACCUCCAGAGACACGAGGAUUACUGGUCCAGCAGGGCGUCGUCCGGCUUUUGAUGCCCAUGGCCUUACAACAACAGCAACAACAGCAGCCACCAUCCUCGGAAGCCACCAAAACCGCCGCGAUCCAAGCCUUGGCCAAGCUGUCCAUCACCCUCGACCCUCGCCUCACCUUCAAGAACCAGCGGAUACCCGAGUUGGUCAAGCCUCUGAUCUGGUUGCUGGAGAGUACCGACCAACUGUGCCAGUUUGAGAGUCUCAUGGCCUUGACCAAUCUUGGAUCGAUGGGCGACAUCCAGGUACUCAGUCUCAUUGUUCAGGACGGAGGAAUCGAGAAGAUGGAAAACCUUCAGUUCUCGGAGCACAACCUGGUCCGUCGCGCUGCUACAGAGGCGCUUUGCAACAUGAUCUUUUUCGAGCCCGUCUUUGAGCUGUACAGCGACCCCAAGCAAGGAAAGAACAAGAUCCAUCUGAUGCUGGCGCUGUGUGAUGCGGACGACUUUAUGACAAGGAGGGCGGCUUCAGGAGCACUGGCGGUGUUGUCGACGAGCCCGGAGGUGUGCACGAUGAUCAUUGGGCAGACGCGUGGAUUAGAGAUCUUGAGGAGCCUUAUCACACUGGGUGUCUCUGAAUCCCCAGACGACGCGGAUGAGGUGGAGGCCAAGGCGAUUGAGGAUGUGAUGUCGGACCAGGAGGCGGCUGUGGUUGACCAUGCGGUUGCAGUGGGCCGGAUGGACGAGUUGCGACACCGAGGAGCCGAGUGUUUCAAGAACCUGAUCACGAUUGGUGGCAAGGAAAUCAGCGAGAAGAUUGCUUCGGAGGGUGGUAUUCAGCAGCUGGCGCAGUUGAUCCAGGCGAGCCAGCACGAAGCUGUGCGGUACUGUGCUAUGGAGGCUUUGAAGGCCAUGUCCGACCAGGGGAUCCGUCUCCAAAAGUAG